AUGGAAGCCAGAAUUCGUAUCCUCAACACCCGACAGGUUUACAGCAAAUGCUUUCAGGUCAUGUGCAGGGAGGAGCUUAGUGGGCGCCAUUACUGGGAGGUGGACUGGAGCAACACCGGCAUUGACAGCGUCAGUGUUGGUGUGAUGUAUAAAAGCAUUAGCAGAAGUGACAACAGCAGCGCCGAUCCCAAGUCCUGGGUCUUCCUCAUCAUGAGUCCGUUUUACUUCUGCAUUCACAUUGAACCGCAGAAACAGUUUGUUCCUUCUGCUGGCAUCAGUCGCAUCGGUGUGUUCCUGGACUGGCCUGCAGGGACAGUGUCCUUCUACAAAGUGUACUACAACACCCUCACCCACCUCCACACCUUCUACGACACCUUCACUGAGCCUCUGUUCGCUGCCUUCUUUAUCGGCACAAAAUCCAGCUACAUCACCCUCCGUCCUUUGAACUAAACGUACACUCUCAUUUGGUGUUUUUUUCGCUGCAGAAAAGCAUCACAGAAGUGGGCGUGGUUAAAACGGCUGGAGUUUAGACCGGCGCUGAUUCAGAUUUAGAUGGUUUUCAGCUCAUCUGACGAUCGGACAUGAGCUGAUGGAGAGGCACCACCUUCGUCAUCAUCUUCAUAACCAUCUUUAUAUUCAUCUUUAUAACCGUCUUUAUAUUCAUCUUUAUAACCAUCUUUAUAUUCAUCUUUAUAACC